AUGGAGGAUAGGAAUUUGAUGGGCGGCUUAUGGUCCCGUGCACAAGGGGAGGCCAGUGACCUAGGGCUCAUGCAGUGCAGGAGCAGGAAGACGCUUUCAGCUAGAAAAGUCAGUGCAACUAGAGGGGCUGCCUCGGUCCCUGAAGAAGUUUUCCACAGAGCCAAAGGAGUGCAGCUAUGCAAAAUACAGGCAUAUCAGUGCACUCCUGCAUUUUUUGCCGAUUCAUACCCACUCAACCAGUUUUCCUCAGAAGUCAUCGCUAGCCGGCUGCCAGUUCCACCAUCUGCAAGGGUUAUUUCCGAGAGACACAUCAUUUCAGUUGUGCCUGUAACCCGUGUCACAAUGGCCCAUCGCAAGAAAGCAUUUAGCUUCUAUGUUGUCGGCUACAGCAGGGAUGUGUUCUUAAGGGACUAUCCUUCAAAGUUUUGCUGGGGCCUCUGUUGCUGCUUCGAGUGGCUGGGGAAAUAG